GAGCUCCCGGAGCCUCAGGUGGUGAAUAUUUACUCUACUGGGAAGUAGCAAAGUGCUCCAGGAGUAAAAAGUAUGCCUCCCAAAUUCAAGCGCCACCUAAACGAUGAUGAUGUCACUGGUUCUGUGAAAAGUGAAAGGAGAAAUCUUUUGGAAGAUGAUUCAGAUGAAGAAGAGGACUUUUUUCUAAGGGGACCAUCUGGACCAAGAUUUGGACCUAGAAAUGAUAAAAUUAAGCAUGUUCAGAAUCAGGUGGAUGAAGUUAUUGAUGUCAUGCAAGAAAAUAUUACAAAGGUAAUUGAAAGAGGGGAGAGACUAGAUGAACUACAGGACAAAUCAGAAAGCUUAUCGGAUAAUGCAACUGCUUUUAGCAACAGAUCCAAACAGCUUCGAAGGCAAAUGUGGUGGCGCGGCUGCAAAAUAAAAGCCAUCAUGGCUUUGGUUGCUGUUUUCCUCUUGCUAAUGAUCAUAAUUCUUAUAGUUGUGAAAUACCAUACUUGAUCUGAUGACAGAGCUCCUCAUUAAACAAGAUCUGAGAAAAUAAUAAUAAAAGAUUGCUGUGUAAUUUAAAUGAAACCUAUGUAUAUAACUUUCAGAACUUCUUUUUCAAGAAACUAAGAGGCAAGUAUCACUUCAAAUUGGAGCAUUGAGAAUGUCCAAUUAUCUUCUUUCUUCCCUUUCAACAAAAUACUUUGAAUAAUUGUAUAAAGCAAAGAUAACUAUUUUGCUGUAUUCCAAGGAUCCAAUUUGAAACUGGAUACUUGCCCGUUCAUUAUUUGUGUAUAUAGUCAAACACUGACAGUAUUUCAUACUAAUAUUUUAGUGGCUUAAGGUCUUACAUCAUUGCAUCAAGAAGGGGGUCAGGCUUGGGGUCCAAAAGCCUAUGUAGAGAACCCAAUCAUUAUGCUAACAGAGAUCCAUAACCAUUCCACCAAUGUUUGCAAGGAUACCAUUCUUUUUAUAAUAGGAUGGCUCUGUAAGCAGUUUCCACAUGUUUAUGGGUGUAACAAAAAUAAAUGUUUCUGCCUUCGAUUAUAACUGAAAACAUUCCAAUAAACCUAUUUUUGACUGUAUAAGGGAAAGUGGAUUUAUUUUCUGGUAUUUGAACUAUAAAAAUGGGAAAGUUAAACUGUGAGAAACAUAGUAUGGCAUCAUAAAACUGAAGCUCAUCAAACUGCUGGAGAAUGUCAUUGGAGUAUUUUAAAAUGAUCAAAAUAGAGCUGCCAGUCAUGGUCGAAUCUGUUGCCAGUUAAACUCCAGUAAGGAGGGACUAGUCCUAAUGUAAGUGAAACCCAUUUGUAACUUUUUCCUUUAUUUUCAUCAUUCAUUUUUCUCUGUAAUUGUAACUCUUUUACCAGAAGCACUAAAGCCAGCAAAAUCAUCAGUUUUCCGUUUUCUAUCUUCAUCAUCCUUGGGGAGAUGCACACUGCACAAUUAAGUUUCCAAACCAACCGUGAUGACACCCAAAGUCAGGAGCAUGGAUAAUCUGAACGUAGAUGAAUCAGCCAGCCAGUAGUCAAAUGCUGAGUGGUCGCCAUUAAUCCUUAGCUGCUUUUAUAAUGACAAAAUGUGUAGUCUAAAAUGUGCCAGCCUCCUUGUGCACACAAGUCAAAAUGGAAAUGCAUACUAAUGUUUGAGGAGGAACCAUUACAAUACAAUUGGAGACUUUGUAGAAACUUGUGCACAUGGGCAUCUUAAAUCAGAAAUAGCAUUCAUGGUAAGAACCAAUAUGUAAAAAGGGGAAGUGAUGGUCCCAUGUAACAGAUUUUAUUUCUUUGGCCAUUUUAAUUGAAAAUAUAUAAAACAUGGGACCUGGAUGUUUUUGUGUGUAUGUUUAAUUCUACAGUACUAAUACUAAGAAACAGUAUUCUGUUUAGAAAUUUGAAGGAAGAAAGCAGAUUGAGUCAGACACUUGCACAAUAUAAAGUUAUAAGUGUUAAAUUUUAUAGUUAGAGCAUUUGAAAAGCAAUAGAGAUCUUACAUAUUAUAGUCUUGGUUCUUCACUUCACUCUGUAGUGUCAGUUAAGUGAACAGCAUAUGAACUGCUAAAAAAUCUUUGACUAAAGAGGGUACCUAGGAAAGAGGGAGUAUUUUUAGAGUUUCAGUACCUGAUAAUUCAAGAAUGGGACUGCUGGAAUGGAAUGGGCAGAAUCAGUCCUAAUAUACAUACAUGUAUCCUUUAUUUGUAUUGGAACUAGACCUGUAGGUGAUUCAUUUUCUAUUAAUUGGUAUAGAAAUCUGGCUCCUCUACCUGUUAGUGAAAAUGAAGAUUAUGUCUUUAAAAGACUCCGCAUUUCCAUUGUU